AUGACUGCCGAUGCUGUUGACAUCGGAUCGGUUGUGGGUGAAACCGAAGAUGAUCUAGCCCAAAAACUAGAGGAGCUAAAUAGGUGUUUGAGUGCGGAUUCAAAGGCUGUUACCUCUUGUUCCUCAACGAGUAAACUCGAUCGCAACCCUUCGAAAACUAGUUUGAUUUCCUCACUCUCUGAGACAAGUUGUCCUGAUGGCAACGAAGGGAGUGUCAGUAAUCUCUCCAUCUGUUCUGAGAAGUAUAAUCCGUGGCCGUCGUUCUCCGAAGCCUUUCCCAGUUUUAUAAACACAGCCUCGAACGCACCACCUCCUUCAACAAUUUCACUUUGCCAACAAUGGAACAACGUUAUAAACAACUGGGAGCAAUAUUCCAAGAAGAAAGCAUUCACUGCUGAUUUGAUUUGUAUGGGGAUUCCUAACCACCUUCGGUCACUGAUAUGGCAACUCUAUACUGGAGCGUGCUAUUCCCCUCUGAAACAAGCAUACUACAAAUACCUUCGUGAUGUCUCGCCGUUUGAGCGAGCAAUCGCUCGGGAUGUUUCGCGGACAUAUCCGAAACAUGACUUCUUCAAAGACAAAGGGAGUGUUGGCCAACAAAGCCUCUUCAAUGUGAUGAAGGCCUACUCCCUGUACGACCGCGAAGUCGGAUACUGCCAGGGCUCUGGAUUCAUUGCUGGUCUCCUUCUACUGCAGAUGAGAGAGGAGGAGGCGUUUGCCGUACUAGUGCAAUUGAUGAACGAGUAUCGGCUGCGUGAGCUUUACAAGCCUUGUAUGACCGAGCUGGGCGUAUGCAUGCAUCAAUUGGAUGGACUGAUCGCAGAGUUCCUUCCCAAACUGCAUGCGCACUUUGUCACUCAGGCUUUCGCUCCUAGCCACUACGCCUCUGCUUGGUUCCUCACUCUCUUUGCCACAGCCUUCCCGAUCCCUAUGACCACCCGAGUGAUGGAUCUCUUCAUCGUCGAGGGCAUGGAUUUCAUACUUCGUCUUUCGCUAGCCAUUCUCAAGCAUUUUGCUCCGCGCCUCCUCACUAUGGAUAUGGAGACAAUGAUUUUUUCUCUUCAACAAAUCAAGUCGACGGAAUGGGAAGAUUAUGGCCGGACACUGUUUGAGACUGCGCUGACUCUAAAAUUGAAUCCACGACGUUUGAAAAAACUUCGAAGUGAAUACCUUUUGGAAAGAAGUUUGGAGCAGGCAGAGCAAAUAGAAGUCCGACGUCUUCGAACGGAGAAUGGACUCCUUUUACAGCGACUGGCGCAUCUAGAGGAGGACAAUGCCUAUCUGUCAAAGCAAUUAGUGAAUUGCAAUGUGGAACGCGCCGAGUUGUCGGAGGAAGUGUCGCGAUUGCGUGGUUGCAUUGCGCGGUGGCAGACGACGCAGGAAGAGGCGUCACUUCGCACUCCUACAGCCUCUUCCCCACCUCAGGCAACGACCACGGUGAUUCCAGUGGAAAAUGGCGGUACCAAAGUCUCUGAUUCCUCGUCUUCCGCCUCCUUCUCCUCCACCUUUUCUCCUGGUUACGAGUUAGAGCCACAGCAGACUGCGUCGCUUCCAGCACUACUACCGCCGCUGCCACAGCAUCGUUCGCUGCAGGGAAUGAAGAUGCCAACGAUUAGCAAUAUUGAUCAGAUGGCAACCGCUUCACCGCGCUGUUCAGACCGAAGUGGAGGCACGGGCACCUCUGACACACCAACGCCAACAACCUCGGGGGCAGAGUCGUGGGCCUCCGCUUCCUUCUCACCCACCUCGGUGAGUCGGAGUAUGGACGAUCGUCUCCUUGUGGAGACCAUUCACCAACUUGAGACCGACCUUGUUCACCUUCGCGUCCGUGAGUCUGAGUGUCAUUCAGCUCUACGAGAUGCUAAAGAGCGAAUUCGCCUUCUGGAAGAGAAACUUGAGUCAGCAAAAAGGGAAUCAGAGGAGCAGAUCGAAUUAUUGCAUAGCGAGUUAAUGAAGGUGAAGUUGCGUGAAGCAGAGGGUCUUCUGAAACUGAAAGAGCUACGAGACCGUGCAGAGGAAAUUCAGACUCUUUGGGACAACCACUUGGCUCUCACUGGAGGCGGGAACAACGGUGGGAACAAAGUGGACUGUGGCACUAACGGUGUCACGCAAUCAAGUGGGUUCCUGCGGGUCAGUGCAGGUCUAAUUCAGUCAAAACUCCGAGGCAAAUCAGCCACUACUUCAGCAGCAGAAAAUGCACAACACCUGUCCGAUCGUUUGCUGGAAACGAAGCUCUGUUCCCAGAUCGCUGAGCUACAACAAAAGGUUCACGACUUGACAUCUCAGGCAGAGGUGGCCGACCGACAGGCUAUCCGCAGGGACGAAAAGAUGAAUGAUUUAACGGAGAAGGUGGAGCGCAGUGUCUUGAGAGAGGCUGCACUUCGUGCAGAGCUCAAAGAGGCAGAGUGUCGCUGUGCUGACCUCGAAACAAAGCGCAAGUCAGAUGCCAUUCUCUGGCGUAUCCGCGAAAUCGAGCUCUCUUCCCAGAUUGCCGAACUUCGCCAACACUACUCCGAGUUGGACUGCCUGCAUGACGCCGAACAUGCAUCCAACACCCUUCAGAAUCAUCCACCAGGCGGCCUCCUGAGUGCCUGUUCCUCGGUGGCUCCUACUCCUGAGGUACAGCGGUCUCGAUUUGAGAAAAUUGGACAAUCAAAGGGGAUGGGGGAAAGUCACCUUCCCACGGUGUGGAAGGACCUACCGGCGGCUCUAAUGACAGAGUCUAUUGGACCCUUGGAGGACCUCUGCAUACUUCCUGACGACCCACUGAUUACUAGCAUCUAUGUGCAUGAGAACGGUGCCAAGUAG